CCAUAUCCUCUGCCGCCUAUAAAAUAUGGGCUUUUCUGCUUAACUUUCACCGCAUCUCUCAUUUCUGAUAUUUUCAUUAGGGUUUUUCUUCUCUAGUUUCUCAGUUUAGUUUAAUGGCUGCCGAAGUUGAGUACAGUUGCUUCGUCGGUGGGCUCGCAUGGGCCACCACCGAUCGAACACUUAGCGAUGCUUUCUCUACCUAUGGCGAAGUAGUCGACUCGAAGAUCAUUAACGACCGAGAAACUGGUAGAUCUAGAGGAUUUGGCUUUGUUACCUUCAAGGAUGAAAAAUCCAUGAAGGAAGCAAUCUCAGGGAUGAACGGUUCGGAGCUUGAUGGCCGUAACAUCACUGUUAACGAAGCCCAGGCCCGUGGAAGUGGUGGUGGUGGUGGUGGUGGCGGUUUCGGUGGUGGCAGACGCCGUGAAGGUGGUGGCGGCGGUUACGGAGGAGGUGGCGGCUACGGAGGCGGCGGCGGUGGCGGCUAUGGAGGUGGCAGACGUGAAGGAGGUGGUGGUGGCGGCUAUGGAGGUGGCCGACGUGAAGGUGGUGGCGGAGGAGGUUACGGUGGUGGUGGAUAUGGCGGUGGUGCCCGUUAUUAGUUUGAUAGCUCUGAAUUAGGCCUAUGGUUUAGGUGAGAAGUUCCAUACUGCUAAGUGUGGUUUUAAGUUAUUGUUCCUUAUAUUUGGUUUGAUAAGAUACUGUGAAUCUGUAUUUUGCAAAGUUCCAAGCGAAUCUAGUAAAUGACAGUUUGCGUCAUA